AUGGUUUCCGAUGGAGAUGAGAAGAAAACGACGAGCGAAUCGUCAACUCUUGCACAACUUCUUGAACUCUGCAAUGGAAAUGAAGAGGAUAGAGGAAAGGGAGAGGAGUUGGCUGAUGAGAUCAUAAAAACUUUGGAAACUGCAGUUGGUCGGAAAAGAAUCGAUAAGGAAUUGAUUGCGAAUGGGGAUCGAAAAUUAAAUCAAUUAUUGACGGGAAUACAGUCCUUGCACAGUGAUCCAGUUCUUGAAGCACUUCUUCUCGUACUUGAAUCAUUCAUCGUUCAUUCAAAUGCUCAUUCGAAACGGCUUCGAAAAGUCGCUCGUUUGGAUGGAGUCUCGUGUUUGAUUCGAACGAUUCGAACGGCUUUCAAACAAACAACGACAAUUGCGAUUAUUGCUCGUCUAGCUGAUAUGUUGUUGAUUGUGGCGGUGAAGGAUCGAAAACUUGCGCUAAAGCUUCGAAUGAGUGGAACGAUUCCGUCAAUUGUUUCUUCAACUCUUGAUUCUUCAAAAAUCGAACGAAAAUUUCAAUUGUCGUUGCUGAGGCUUCUUUGUCGAGCUCUUAGAUCGCCUCGAAAUGCGCAAAUGAUCUCGAAACAUCGCCCGAAUCUCAUCCAAAUCGUCACCAUGUUGACAGAAUUUCAUCGAGAGGAUCGAGAAAGAACGUCAACUGCUUCGGAGACAUUACUCUACGCUUUAGCAAGAUUACUCGAAUCCAUGUUUCUCAUCGCGAAAAAUAAAAAAGCCCGAACCCAUCUGGCAAACGAGGCGACACGCAUUGUUCAUGAGAUUUGGCUCUACAAUCUAAACGAACGGAGAAAUAGCCUUCCUGAGAUUCGAGAGGAAGUGGCGCUCGUUGCAACAGCUGUUUUAAGGCUACUCGUCAAAAAUAAAAAGUCGAAAGAGGUGAUGGUGCAGUUGGAUACGGUCCGCAUUUGUGGUGAGAUUGUCGCGAAUGAAUCCGAGAAAUCUGAUGAGGCCCAAAAUCCGCUCAUUGCACAAUUGCAGGAGUCUUUGUGCGGUUUGUGUCUUCGUUGCAUGCCGACCGAGCCGUUUCCAUUGCCGGCUAGCACAAGUUUCCCGUAUACUUUGAUCCUUCCCGCUGAGCAAAUUGAAAGACGGCGAUCGAUUUCGAGAACGGUGCACGCUGCCCGACCACCGAGCACGUCGAAGACUCGGAUUGCGGCGAAUGGAAAUGAUGGAACACAGGAGGCUUUUCUUGGGUCAAGCGAAGACGAGGAUGUUGGAGAGGAGGACGAAUUCUUGACACUACUUGAAAGUCGAGACUUUCGAAAGUUGAAUGGGAAAGGGGAUGGGUUGCUGAUUGGAGCCGAGGAUGAGGAAACUGCCACCGAAAAGGAUAAACCCCAGAUUUUCAAUCGACAAGAGACACUUGAGUUACGAGAAAAUUACGAGAGUGCGUUUUCCGAAUUCGAUCGAGGAGUUGAGGUGUCUUUUGCUGGCUUUUCACAACCGCCCACUCAUUUAGAGGCGAUUCGGGCUGAAGUGAUGACAAGCCGUUCCGUGAUACGUUUUGUGAAAAUUGCAUACCCAGAGAUUUGCGGACCAGAUAUCGAUCUAGAGAUGCAACCAUUCAAAUCGACUAAUGCUGGCGUUAGAACGAUUCUCACUAGCCAACUUGCCCAUUCGCGCAUUCGGAACGAAUUUGAGCGCCGUGUCGUUUACUCACUCGAUUCCAUUUCCGAUUUUCAAUCGACAGCUGAUAGUCCGAGAGUUCCAUUGGGGAAUGAUGAUGUACAAAGGGUUGGCCGUGUCACCUCGAUCGAUCACCUACUUUUCGAGAGCCGUUUCGAAGCCGGAAAUCUUCGAAUGGCUACUAUGGUUGGACCAAAUCAUUAUGAGCUCAUCUUGUCUCCAGACGUCAACGAAACCAGAAAUCAUUUUCAGUGGUUUUAUUUUGAGAUCUCGAACAAUCGAGCAAACGUCCCGUACACGUUCGAGAUUAUCAAUUGCCUCAAGCCGACGAGUAUGUUUGGAAGAGGCAUGCAACCAGUGAUGUUCUCGGUGAGUGAAGCAAUGGAGGGACGACCGGGAUGGGUACGAGCUGGGCAAAAGAUUCACUACUACCGCAAUCUCUACACGCUAAACCAGGAAAAUGAUGAGAAUGACAAUAAACGACCGGGAUGUCUUUACACGACUCGUUUCACUGUUUCUUUUCGUCACAAAUUUGAUGUCAUCUACAUUGCAUACCAUUUCCCGUACACUUAUUCCUUUAUGAAGACAAUCAUUCAUCGGCAUCUAAUCACAGGAAAUAGCGAAUCAUCAAGAAUACGAGCUGAUGUUAUUGGUCAAUCACUUGCCGGAAAUCCCAUUCACGUUUUAACAAUCACAGCACCUGGAACAAAAGAGGAGAUCGAGAAACGUGAAAUAAUCGUUUUGAUGUCUCGAGUUCAUCCGGGAGAAAGUAACGCUUCGUGGAUGAUGCAUGGAAUUCUCAACACUUUGACUGCGAAUAAUCGAUCGAUUCGUGAUCUGCUUUCUCGUUUCAUUUUCAAGGUGAUUCCGAUGUUGAAUCCGGAUGGAGUGAUCAAUGGAAGCCAUCGGUGUUCUCUAGCUGGGGUCGACCUGAAUCGUGUCUGGGAUCGUCCAUCGAAAAGCCGACACCCGGAAAUCUAUCACGCGAAGGGGCUCGUUCAAUAUAUGGUGGAAGUCCUUGAGCGGCGCCCAUUUUGUGUCAUCGACCUGCACGGGCACUCGAGAAAGAUGAACGUUUUCAUGUACGGGAACAAUCCGAUGGAGAGUUGGCGACUCUCUGAUCGCCAAUCUUUUACCGACCUUGAUGAAAAUCCCGAUUUCCGUUUUCUACCCGAAAUUCUUGACAAGCUAUCACCUGGUUUUUCGCUGAAAUGCUGCCGUUUCUCGAUCACGAAACCAAAGGAGGCGUCGGCGAGAAUUGCCCUUUGGCGUCAAUUCUCUCUCUCGCGCGUCUACACGAUGGAAUCCACGUAUUGUGGUUUUGAUGCCGGUAAAUAUCAUGGAUAUCAGAUUGGCGUUUUCGAGUUGAAAGAGGUUGGCGCCAAGUUGAUCGCCUCGAUUUCGGCUCUUCAAACGAAAAAAGUCGACGAUUCGCUCGGCUUUCUGCGCGAGGCUGCAAACGAGAAUUCACAGAAUUCACAGAGUCAACAGAAAAAUCGAAAAAGCGAUCGAUCACGCUCGAAAAGUGCCACCAAGUCGGGUAAACGAGCCACCAUCGAGCAGGUGAAAUGCCCGCGAAAACACAAAUCGAUUCUCGAGGAU